GUAAAAAAGAAGAAAAGAAAAAAAGUAAAUAAUAAAUCUAAUUGAAAUUUGAGUAAUUUUAACAAAAGAGGGGGGAGGGGGAGAGGGGAGAGAGGGGUGGAUAAAAAAAAGAAAGAAAAGAAGAAUAAAGAAAGAAAUGUUUGUUUAAUCAACAAUGAUUUCUAUUUACUUAUGAUAAAUAUGUAUAAAUAUUACUGAAUAUUUUCUAUUUUAAUAUUUAACUAUUUUAACAAGAGAAACAACAAAAACAAAGAGAGAGAGAGAAGAAAUUAAAGAAGAAAAAAAACUUUAUUAGAAAAUCAAGAUGUUACCAGUUUCUAUUGUUGGAACAACUUUAUUACUUAUAAUCAGUUCACAAUUCAUUACAGGUUUCGUUGUACAUGAUAGCGGAAAUACAAAUCAAAAACCUGAAGAAUCACAAUUUUUCCUUGCCCCAAUUGCGGCGGCUAUUGGAACUCAUUUUUUGACAUUUUUAAAUGGAUGCUUCUUGGAUAUUGGGAAUCUGAAGAAAUUGAUUUUCCCUGGAUAAAAAGCAGGAAUAUGUCGAUACAAACAAAAGAAACUUCUGUUCAAGUCAUUUUAAAUUAAAGUGAAGCAUCUCUUCUUAUAAAUAAUAAAUGUGUAAAUUAUACAAAUCUCUUAUUUAUG